GGACUUCAUAAAAAUAUAAAGAAGGGUAACGCAUCGAAAAUCACUACAAAAAGUUAGGGAUUUUUUCAUCUCUUCUUCAACGUAGGGAUGGGUGAAACAUUCGAAGGCUGGACUUCUUGGGUCGAAGAUGCAUAUUUGCUAUGUACACCUGAAGAUCCUGAGUGCUUGAAGCAUCACUAUAUCACACGAACCGAGAAAGAUGAGCCUCAAUACACAGUAGAAGAAGAAAUUGCUAUGAUGAACGAACAAAUCGAGAACAGCGAGGGGUUCGAUAUUGAUUUCUCUUUGUUCCGCUGUCUGUUCAACUACCAUCUUGUUGAUCCCGAUGAUAUCGAUUUCGUUGAGGAGCCAGAAACCAAUGGAGAUUUAAUGAAGAGGCUUUCUAAAGAAUCCCUUAACGUCUUUAAUAAGGAGGAGGGCACGGAAUUCGAAUUUGUCAAAGUUGUCAAAGCCAAUUUUCACUAUAGCGCUGGGUUUAUGUUUCUCAUAACAUUUCAAGUCUUAGAUCCAUCUGAUAACCAGGAAAAACUCUUCCAAGCUAGGGUUCGUUACUCAACACGUUUCCCGGCUGAAUACGUCUUUUGUAGGCCAAGACCCGAUCCAGAAGUUGACUCUGAUGAAACUUCCGAGGAAGAUUUCAAUGGUGUAUGAAAUUAUCCAUCUAUAUAUACUUUGAUGGAUCACUUACUUUACGUUGCCGUUGGAAUCUUGGAUUGAUUUUUAUUUCUUUUGUCCGUUCAUACUUACAAAAAUUGCAUGAUCGAUCGAUCAUCAAUUUAUGCGAUGGUUGU